AAUUAAACUAAAACUCAAUAAAACUAACAAUAUUAAUGUACAUUACGGGUAUAAAACCCCAGCUUGUCGUGUUUCCCUGUAAAGUAAAAAUGAAACGGCGACAUAAAAUAAUAAUAAAUCGGGUACAGACCUGUACAAAAAAUUAUUUUCAAGAGAGCUCUCUUCACGGCUUUCACUACAUAACUGACCAGAAAUCAUCAAAAUUCAAGUCGUAUUUCUGGGCUUUGGUUUGCACUAUAAGUACUUGUCUGUGUUUCAUGUUGAUUCGAUCACAAUUCAUGUCUUAUUAUUCAAAUCGGAUUACAACAACAAUUGCAACUACUGCUUUCCCCGUAUGGGAAGUCCCUUUUCCCGCUGUAACAAUCUGUAACUUUAACGUAGUUUACAAAGAUGCUACUAUCGAAAUCAAGGAGUUACUAAACAACAGAGUUUCACCACUCGAAAUCGAUAACUUUUUUGCGGAUUUGUCAGUAAUGGUGGCUUCAGCUAAACUCAAAGGGGACAUAAAGUGGCACAAACAUAAAAAAAUCAUCGCGAUUUUGCAACGUAUGGGGUACACCACUGAUGUAUUGAUGGCGCAGUUGGCACAACCUUGUGCUCAAAUGAUUUCGGACUGUUUCUGGAAUGCGAAACAGAGCAAUUGUAGCGAAAUUUUCACUCUCGUGAAAACAACAAGCGGUUUUUGCUGUUCUUUCAACUACAAAGGAAUCAAAACAAACCAACAGUUUAGGGAAAUUUACACAAAUGGAGUCGGGCCCUCUUUUGGCCUUUCCGUACGCCUCAACGCGGAGGAAAAUAAGUAUUUGUCAUCUAUAACAAACACUUACGGAAUAGACGUUGCAGUUCAUGAAAAUAUAAAAUAUCCUGAUUUGUCUAUUUACAGUACAACGCUACGGGCUGGAAGUGACGUUUCGUUAGCUAUUAUACCAGAAAUAAUACAAAGCGACGAAAAUGUUAAAGAAAUCGACAUAACAACUCGAGGAUGUGCAUUUGCCGAUGAAAUAAAACUGGACUGGUCGUACAAUUACAGUUAUGGAACUUGUAUAAAUGAAUGUAAAGCAAGAGCGUUAACAAAAUUGUGUGGCUGCAUACCGUACUAUUACUACCCGAUCUAUGGAAAACAUAAAUACUGUACACUUCUCGACACCACCUGCGUUAAAACAAAUCAUAUCAGAUACAAAAACUCAAAAAUUGAAUUACAAAAUCACAAUGCAUUGGAAUGUAAUUGUUACCCACAGUGCAACGAAAUUUCGUAUUCUUAUCGAUUAGAUCAAGAACUGUUAAAAACUUCUGAAAGUGAAACAAAAUCGAACGAAAGCGUUUUACAAGUUUAUUUCGAAAAAGUAUCUUGCACGAAACUGCAAAAAAGUGUUUUCAUAACUUGGGAACUAAUUCUUGGUAAAAACCUAGUUUUAGUCACAGUUUAAGUAA